CCACUAUGAAGGUCUCCAACUGCAAUGCUGAGUUCUCCGAACACUGUGAUAGGCAAAUGGACGUCCCCACGAGUUGCCACUUUCUCAUCCAGAGGACCAAGUUCCCUGACCCCAGCUGUUCUAAAGCCCGACAUAGCUGCCCCUGGCGUGGACAUAUUAGCUGCCUUCCCACCAAUUGACUCUAAAUCCGGAAAGGGUUACUAUACAAUGUUAUCAGGAACUUCAAUGGCUUGUCCCCACGUUGCUGGGAUUGCUGCUCUGAUCAAAUCCCUUCAUCGAAAUUGGUCACCAGCAGCCAUAAGAUCAGCUCUCGUCACCACUGCUUCCCAAACUGGAACAGACGGAUCAAAUAUAUCUGCCGGAGGCCCAAAUCGCAAAGCCGCAGACCCGUUUGACAUAGGCGGUGGUCAGGUAAAUCCCAUUAGAGCUAUGGACCCAGGACUCAUAUACGACAUCUCUACAGAGGACUACGUAGAAUACCUCUGCUCCUUGGGGUACAGAGCCUCAAUGAUCAUCACUCGUUUAACAGAGAUCGAAAUCACUUGUGGUAGUCAAAAACGACAAGCUGGGUUGAACCUCAACCUCCCUUCCAUAACGAUUCCGAACCUGAAAACGACGACGCCGGUGACAGUAAGAAGGACAGUGACGAAUGUUGGUGAGGUGGAUUCGGUGUACGAGGCAGUUGUGGAAGCUCCGGGUGGAGUAGAAAUGAGAGUUGAACCUCAGGUGUUGAGGUUUGAUACGAUAACAGAAACGGUGUCGUUUGAGGUGACUUUCUUGUCGGGGCAAAGGGUGCAUGGUGAUUAUAAGUUUGGGAGCCUUACAUGGGUUGAAGUUGAUGGUAAGCAUCGGGUAAGGAGCCCUGUCGCCGUGCGUGUCCUCAGAUUUGAUUCCUAUGCAGAUGUAUGAUAAAUUAAGAUGAUACAAAAUUAUUGUAUAAUCAUUUUCUCCAAACUAUUGCAAUUUAAUACUAUUUUCUCAUUAAAUAAUAUCAAUUUUGAUGAGCA